UUCUAAUUUCAGAACAAAGCAGGUUGAUGAAUUUACUUCAAGGCUGCUAGAAAUUCAUGAUAAGAUGAUGUCUAUAAAUAAGAAAGAGGAUAUACACUUAGGAUUGCACCGGUCUGACUAUAUGCUGGAUUCCGAAACCAAUUCACUACUUCAAAUUGAGCUCAACACUAUCCCAUCAUCCUUUCCUGGCCUUGGCUCCCUUGUCAGUGAACUUCAAAGGUCAAUUUACUAUCCAUUCUAUGGCAGAAUUUUCAUGUUUUCUUUCAAACUUUCUCUUAUUUUUUCAAUUGUAGUAUGACCUCAUUAUGAAAUGUUUAAGGUUGUACAAAAUGAUAUUCCACCAGAAAGCAUGGAUGCCAUGCGCCCGGUGCAGCAGCACUUGCCAACACGGACAAGCACUCCAGCCUCCAAAAUGAAUAACCUUCCAAAGGAUGCACAGAACAUGGAAGUGUCUACACCAGUACCCCCAAUAAAUCCGGAAGGAAAUGAUGAGGACGAGACUCCAAAGAACACUGUCUCUAGAAAUGGUGGUUUCCUGCAGAAUGCAGUUGGGCAAGACCUAGUCCAUCUUGGCGUUGCAAGAACAGCAAGUGGUUGCCCUUCGGAUGUCGCUUCCGGUGUUAGCACCAGACACCAGCACAACAGAAUGGAUCUUGAUCCAGCAUCCAGCAGCGUGGAUAAUUUCAAAACACCAGAACUUACAAAAGAAAACGGUCUCGAGGAGGAUGGGAAAGGAGAGAGUAGUAUGUAUGAUGAGAGGCAACCUAAGAGAAGGAAGCGUACCCUUAUGAAUAAUGAGCAAAUAGAUGAAUUAGAGAAGGCUCUAGUAGAUGAGCCUGAGAUGCACAAAAACCCUGUUCUAUUGCAGAGUUGGUCAGAGAAGUUAAGUCUGCAGGGCCCAGAGAUCACAACAUCACAACUUAAAAACUGGUUGAAAAAAAGUGUUGUAUGCAAAUUCUGACGAGGGUGAUAUAUAAUACUAUAAUCCUAAGUCUGACAGCCUAAAUAACCUGGUUCUAAGCUCCUGUUUGAUCUUUUUUUUCUAUACCUUUUAUGCAAAUCUGAACAGUUGUUUUUACACAACUGAACACCUUUUUAAUGUGAGAUAUUGAGCAUUAUAAUUGUUAGUAUAUUAGGU